UCAUUGAUGGUGUGUUUAACAAACUGCCUAAUUACCUGACCCCAGCAUAGUUCCAAAGCAAUAUAUAAGGACUCUGGAACAGCCCUGGGAGCAGACACACUCUCUGCUAGGAAUGAUGUUGUACCUGAAAGUUAUGAUCACAUGGAACAUACUAUGCAUAUCCCUGGUGGUCCUAUCACUGUCCUUGAUUCCAGAAGUGUCUUCUCAAGAUGUAUCGAGCUGUACAGGGAGAUGUGGGGCAGGGUACUCUAGAGAGCAUGACUGCCAGUGUGAUUUUAACUGUCACCACUACAUGGAGUGCUGCCCUGACUUCAGGAAAGUCUGCACAGUGGCCAUCUCCUGCGAGGGACGCUGCUUCGAAGCCUUCGAGAGGGGAAGGGAGUGUGACUGCGAUGCCGACUGCGAGCGAUACGGAAAAUGCUGCCCAGACUACGCCAAGCACUGUAAAGAGGCGCACACAGAAAAGCCAACCCCGGAGACUCCCCCAGAAAACAAAUCAACAUCUAAAAGGUCCUCCAUAGAUGAGGAAGAGUCACCAGAGGAAACUGGGGAAGAUCCUGAAAUCCAAGUGACUACUCCUGCCCCAACCACAGAACCUGCAGAGACAACCCCUGAGGCCACAGAGGAACCAGCGACUGAAGCCGAGCCUCCCACUCCGGAUACAGCAGAUGUGACCCCUGAUGCCACAGAGGAGCCACUGACUGAAAUGGACGCGACCGACCUGCCCCCAACACAAGACCCAACCCCUGAUGCCACUGAGGCAGCAGCAACUGACACUGAGCCUCCCACCAGCCCCACACCAGAGGAGACAACCCCAGAGGAGCCAACAACACCAGCACCAGAGGAGACAACCCCAGAGGAGCCAACAACACCAGCACCAGAGGAGACAACCCCAGAGGAGCCAACAACAGCAGCACCAGAGGAGACAACCCCAGAGGAGCCAACAACAGCAGCACCAGAGGAGACAACCCCAGAGGAGCCAACAACAGCAGCACCAGAGGAGACAACCCCAGAGGAGCCAACAACACCAGCACCAGAGGAGACAACCCCAGAGGAGCCAACAACACCAGCACCAGAGGAGACAACCCCAGAGGAACCAACAACACCAGCACCAGAGGAGACAACCCCAGAGGAGCCAACAACACCAGCACCAGAGGAGACAACCCCAGAGGAGCCAACAACAGCAGCACCAGAGGAGACAACCCCAGAGGAGUCAACAACACCAGCACCAGAGGAGACAACCCCCCUGCCAGAGGAGACAACCCCAGAGGAACCAACAACACCAGCACCAGAGGAGACAACCCCAGAGGAGCCAACAACACCAGCACCAGAGGAGACAACCCCAGAGGAGCCAACAACAGCAGCACCAGAGGAGACAACCCCAGAGGAGCCAACAACACCAGCACCAGAGGAGACAACCCCAGAGGAGCCAACAACAGCAGCACCAGAGGAGACAACCCCCCUGCCAGAGGAGACAACCCCAGAGGAGCCCACAACACCAACACCAGAGGAAACAAGCCCAGAGGAGCCUACAACGCCACCACCAGAGGAGACAACCCCAGAGGAGCCAACAACAGCAGCACCAGAGGAGACAACCCCAGAGGAGCCAACAACACCAGCACCAGAGGAGACAACCCCAGAGGAGCCUACAACGCCACCACCAGAGGAGACAACCCCAGAGGAGCCAACAACAGCAGCACCAGAGGAGACAACCCCAGAGGAGCCAACAACACCAGCACCAGAGGAGACAACCCCAGAGGAGCCAACAACACCAGCACCAGAGGAGACAACCCCAGAGGAGCCAACAACAGCAGCACCAGAGGAGACAACCCCAGAGGAGCCAACAACACCAGCACCACAGGAGACAACCCCAGAGGAGCCCACAACACCAACACCAGAGGAGACAACCCCCCCACCAGAGGAGACAAGCCCUGAGGAGCCUACAACGCCACCACCAGAGGAGACAACCCCAGAGGAGCCAACAACACCAGCACCAGAGGAGACAACCCCCCCACCAGAGGAGACGACAACACCAGCACCAGAGGAACCAACAACACCAGCACCAGAGGAGACAACCCCAGAGGAGCCCACAACAGCAGCACCAGAGGAGACAACCCCAGAGGAGCCUACAACGCCACCACCAGAGGAGGUAACCCCAGAGGAGCCCACAACACCAGCACCAGAGGAGACAACCCCUGAGGAGCCAACAACACCAGCACCAGAGGAGACAACCCCAGAGGAGCCAACAACAGCAGCACCAGAGGAGACAACCCCAGAGGAGCCAACAACACCAGCACCAGAGGAGACAACCCCAGAGGAGCCCACAACACCAACACCAGAGGAGACAACCCCCCCACCAGAGGAGACAAGCCCUGAGGAGCCUACAAUGCCACCACCAGAGGAGACAACCCCAGAGGAGCCAACAACACCAGCACCAGAGGAGACAACCCCCCCACCAGAGGAGACGACAACACCAGUACCAGAGGAACCAACAACACCAGCACCAGAGGAACCAACAACACCAGCACCAGAGGAGACAACCCCAGAGGAGCCCACAACGCCACCACCAGAGGAGGUAACCCCAGAGGAGCCCACAACACCAGCACCAGAGGAGACAACCCCCCCACCAGAGGAGACAAGCCCUGAGGAGCCUACAACAACACCACCAGAGGAGACAACCCCAGAGGAACCGACAACCCCAGAGGAGCCGACAACUCCCAAACCAGAGGAGACAACCCCAGAGGAGCCAACAACACCAACACCAGAGGAGACAACCCCAGAGGAGCCAACAACUCCCAAACCUGAAGAGACAACCCCAGAGGAGUCAACAACACCAGCACCAGAGGAGACAACCCCCCCACCAGAGGAGACAACCCCAGAGGAGCCCACAACACCAACACCAGAGGAGACAACCCCCCCACCAGAGGAGACAAGCCCUGAGGAGCCUACAACACCACCACCAGAGGAGACAACCCCAGAGGAGCCAACAACACCAGCACCAGAGGAGACAACCCCAGAAGAACUAACAACACCACCACCAGAGGAGACAACCCCCCCACCAGAGGAGACGACAACACCAGCACCAGAGGAACCAACAACACCAGCCCCAGAGGAAUCAACAACACCAGCACCAGAGGAGACAACCCCAGAGGAGCCAACAACACCAGCACCACAGGAGACAACCCCAGAGGAGCCCACAACACCACCACCAGAGGAGACAACCCCCCCACCAGAGGAGACAAGCCCUGAGGAGCCCACAACACCACCACCAGAGGAGACAACCCCAGAGGAACCAACAACACCAGCCCCAGAGGAGACAACCCCAGAGGAACCAACAACCCCAGAGGAGCCGACAGCACCAGAGGAGCCGACAACUCCCAAACAAGAGGAGACAAGCCCUGAGGAGCCGACAACUCCCAAACCAGAGGAGACAACCCCAGAGGAGCCAACAACUCCCAAACCAGAGGAGACAACCCCAGAGGAGCCGACAACUCCCAAACCAGAGGAGACAACCCCAGAGGAGCCGACAACGAUCAAACCCAAAGAGCGAACCCCAGAGGAGCCAACCACCUUGGCAGACUCUCCCACCACCUCCAAACCUGAAGAAACAACCCCAGAAGAGCCAACAACCAAGGCAGACUCUCCCACCAUCCCUAAAGCAGAGGAUGCUGACUCUCCAACCAUCCCUGUAGCCCCUGAGACCAGUAAAGCCACGGUUCCUCCUAGCAGUGCUGCACCCACAACAGUUGGGAAAGACUCCCCCACAACUGCGGCAGGCAUGAUGCUUUCAGAUACCACAGUGGAGAACAAGGAGACAACAACACCAAAGAAAGACAGAACUACUCUGCUUAAAGACAUUUUCACAGCUGCAACUGGGAAAGACACAGUUACUGUUGCUAUAGUGACAACAGCUAAACCAGGAGAUUCUCCUAAAGGUAUGGAUGACAUUCCAAACACAGCUCCUACAGCCAAGGAACCUGUCACUGCAGCAGCUGAAUCAGAAACAACUUCUACAGACACCAAGACUGCAACACCAGCAGCCACAGCUCCCUUGCCCAGUCCUACUGUGUUGGUAACAACCAUCAACGAAGAUUCAACUCCUCAGCCAAGUGAGGCUGUAACACCAAAUGAAAAAGAGACAACUACAGACACUGAGCAGGCUGGGCCAGCAGCAGACAAAGACAGCCCAGGUGCUACCUGUAUUAUUGUGGAGAUGACAACAGCUGGUAAAAAAGAGGAAACAACCAUUAAAGAAAUGGGCACCACACCUGAAAAAGAAAUGGAAGAUGUCACUGAAAAGGCCCCUGGUACUGCCAAAGAAGAGGUAACUACAGUUACCAAAGAAACCACAACAAGGGAUAAAAAGGACACAAUAGAAGAAAUGUAUCUUGUGUCUAAUGGGACAUCCAAGCCAACAAUACAUUUCCAGGAGGUCACUGAGGCCACAGAAGAGCCUCAUCCAAUUGAACCUGAAACUCUGCCAGCAAAAGAGCCUGAGAUAAUCAAGCCUUUAAUACAAGUUGGGGACCUGCCAAUGUUCCCUGGAGAAACACCAGAGAAGAACGACGAGAAGGACCUGUGCAGCGGCAAGCCAGCGGACGGCAUGGUGGCCCUGCCCAAUGGCACCCUGGCUGUCUUCCGAGGUCACUAUUACUGGCUGCUGAACGGCCGGAGCCCGCCGACCACCAACCCCCGCCGGAUCAGCGACGGCUGGGGCAUCCCCUCGCCCAUCGACUCCGUCUUCUCCAGGUGCAACUGCGAUGGGAAAACCUUCUUCAUCAAGGGUCCCCUGUACUGGCGUUUCACUAAUGGUGUUAUGGAUAAUGGCUAUCCCAAACCUCUCGCGACUGGAUUUGCAGGGUUAAGUGGGAGAAUAGUAGCAACCCUCCCUGUGGCAAGAUACAACAGCAGACCAGAAUCUGUUUAUUUUAUCAAAAGAGAUGGAAACAUGCAGCAGUACGUGUACAGACAAGAACCAGCCAAGAAGUGUCAAAGAAGAGCCCGGGUCACCAUCAGAUACCCAGCCUUUGUCCCCAGAGUUGUCAUCCGGCGGCGCUUCCAGCGUGCUGUGCGAAUGCCGACCGUCAUCCGCACCGUCAGGAUCAACCCCCAUGCCUCAGGAGUUCUGCGCAAGGAAAUCCAAAUGACAACGUACUGGAGAGGGCUCCCCAAGGUUGUCCACUCAACUCUCUCUGUGCCCAACCAGAACAAGCCCGAUGGCUAUGACUACUAUGCCUUCUCUUACAAUCGGUACUACAGUUUGGAUAUUGGCAAAAGAAUAGCACGGCCUGUAACUGCUCUCACAGGAAAGACUGUAACCAAAGACUGGUACAACUGUCCCAGCAAGUGAUGCACAGCAGAGGAGUUUAAAUCAAGAUGCCAUUUGGAUGUCAAUGUUUUUUCUAAUUUUAUUAAUAAAAGACAUUGAAAUAUGUGCACACAA